CCGGCCCGGCCCCACCCGGCUGUGGGCAGCGCCUGAGGGCGGGCGGGGAGCGGUGCUGGAGUGUUGGGCCCCGCGCCUCAGGGCCACCUUAGGGUGCUGCUCCCGGCCCAGUCUCUGAUGCAAUGCUCGUCCCGGCGCCACAGCCCGUUCCCGCCCAUUCUGCUGCCGGGCCUGAUGCUUCCCCGCCAGUGCCGGAGCCCCGCGCUGUCCCUAGCCCGGCCCGCGUUCUUUGUCUGGGCCUCGCAUCCCAGCGCCUGAAGCCGCUGCCCCUCGCAGUCCUAAGGGGGAGUGGUCCUGGCAGGGGCUCUCUCUGACUCUAGCACUGCAGAGUGCUCUCAUCAGAAUUGUUGUCCUGCGCUCCCCUGUAACCCGUUGCUGUGAAGGGAACGGGAUGUAGGUUUAGGAGUUUGCUCUCGGGAGCUCCCAUAUAGAAGUGAUGUGUGUUCUGGCUGAGGGACAAGCUGUAAGACGAUCCUAGGAGAAACUCAUGAAGAGGAGGAUGAGAUCCUUCCACGCAAAGACUAUGAGAGCUUGGAUUAUGAUCGCUGUAUCAAUGACCCAUACUUGGAAAUUUUGGAAAGCAUGGACAACAAGCAGAAAGCCCAGAGAUACGAAGCAGUGAAGUGGGUGCUGGUUUUUGCUAUUGGAGUCUGUACAGGACUGGUGGGCCUCUUCGUAGAUUUCUUCGUGAGGCUCUUUACCCAGCUCAAGUUUCAGGUGGUACAAAGCUCGGUGGAGGAGUGCACUGAGAAAGGCUGCCUUGCACUGUCCUUGUUGGAGCUGCUGGGGUUCAACCUGACCUUUGUUUUUCUUGCCAGUCUUCUGGUCUUGAUCCAACCUGUAGCAGCUGGGUCAGGAAUUCCUGAAAUUAAGUGCUACCUCAAUGGAGUGAAGGUUCCCGGGGUUGUGCGUCUGCGGACAGUGGUGUGCAAAGCUACAGGAGUGCUCUUCAGUGUGGCAGGAGGUCUUUUUGUCGGGAAGGAGGGUCCCAUGAUUCACAGUGGUGCUGUUGUGGGUGCAGGCUUGCCACAGUUCCAGAGCAUCUCUUUGAGGAAGAUCCAAUUUAACUUUCCCUAUUUCUGCAGUGACAGGGAUAAAAGGGAUUUUGUAUCUGCUGGAGCAGCUGCAGGGGUUGCAGCUGCCUUUGGAGCCCCAAUUGGAGGCACUCUUUUUAGUUUGGAAGAAGGUUCCUCCUUCUGGAACCAGGGACUUACAUGGAAAGUGCUUUUCUGUUCCAUGGCUGCCACUUUCACCUUGAAUUUUUUCCGCUCUGGGAUUCAGUUUGGAAGCUGGGGGUCUUUCCAGCUCCCUGGGCUGCUGAACUUCGGGGAGUUUAAGUGCUCUGAGUCUGAUAAGAAAUGCCACCUCUGGACAGCUGUGGACCUGGGCUUCUUCAUUCUGAUGGGGAUUGUAGGAGGCCUUCUUGGAGCCACCUUUAACUGCCUGAACAAGAGGCUUGCCAAGUACCGCAUGCGCAAUGUGCAUCCCAAGCCAAAGCUGGUCAGAGUCUUGGAGAGCUUGCUUGUGUCCUUGACCACCACCGUCAUGGUCUUCGUGGCCUCCAUGGUUCUGGGGGAAUGCCGGCAGAUACCUUCCAGCAGGCACGGUGGCAAUGACACCCUGAGCCUGCAGGUGAGGGAUUCUUAUGAUAUAUCAGAGGAUGUAAAUUCAAGCAUCAAAACUUUUUUUUGCCCAAAUGAAACGUACAAUGACAUGGCCACGCUCUUCUUCAACCCUCAGGAGUCAGCUAUCCUGCAGCUCUUCCACCAGGAUGGUACUUUCAGCCCAGUCACCCUAUCCCUGUUCUUCCUUCUCUAUUUCUUACUCUCCUGCUGGACAUAUGGGAUCUCUGUGCCCAGUGGUCUGUUUGUACCAUCACUGCUUUGUGGGGCUGCCUUCGGACGCCUGGUCGCCAACCUCCUCAAAAGUUACAUUGGUCUGGAUCACAUCUACUCAGGAACCUUUGCACUGAUUGGGGCAGCAGCAUUCCUGGGAGGAGUGGUCCGCAUGACCAUCAGCCUGACUGUCAUCCUCAUUGAGUCCACCAAUGAGAUCACCUAUGGGCUCCCCAUAAUGAUCACCCUCAUGGUAGCCAAGUGGACAGGAGACUUUUUCAACAAAGGCAUCUAUGACAUCCAUGUGAACUUGCGAGGAGUGCCUCUUCUGGAGUGGGAAACUGGGAUGGAAAUGGAUAAACUACAAGCCAGUGACAUCAUGGAGCCCAACCUGACGUACGUGUACCCGCACACCCGGAUCCAGUCCCUGGUUAGCAUCCUGCGCACGACUGUCCACCACGCCUUCCCUGUGGUGACAGAGAAUCGGGGCAAUGAGAGGGAGUUCAUGAAGGGAAAUCAGCUGAUAAGUAACAACAUCAAAUUCAAGAAAUCCAGCAUUCUCACCCGAGCUGGAGAGCAGCGCAAGCGUAGCCAGUCCAUGAAAUCCUACCCCUCGAGUGAGCUGCGUAACAUGUGUGAUGAGCACAUAGCAGCAGAGGAGCCUCCUGAAAAAGAGGAUCUGCUGCAACAGAUGCUGGAGAGGAGAUACACUCCUUACCCCAAUCUGUACCCUGACCAGUCUCCCAGUGAGGAGUGGACCAUGGAGGAACGCUUCAGACCCUUGACCUUCCAUGGCUUGAUCUUGCGCUCUCAGCUGGUCACCCUCCUUGACCGGGGGGUUUGCUACUCUGAGAGCCAGUCGAGUGCAAGUCAGCCUCGUCUGUCCCAUGCAGAGAUGUUGGAGGAUUAUCCCCACUACCCAGACAUCCAUGAUCUGGACCUCACAUUGCUGAACCCUCGUAUGAUAGUGGAUGUCACUCCAUACAUGAACCCAUCACCCUUUACUGUCUCUCCAAACACUCAUGUGUCACAAGUCUUCAACCUGUUCAGGACAAUGGGACUCAGGCAUUUACCAGUUGUGAAUGCAGUUGGAGAGGUUGUUGGGAUAAUCACUCGGCACAACCUGACCCAUGAAUUCCUGCAGGCAAGACUGAGACAACACUAUCAGACCAUUUGAUGCCCCUGCCCCUCUCUCAGUGUGGCUUCCUCCCUCCUCCAAGCUGGCACACAUGCUUGCAUUCUGCUUGGACCACACAAGGCCCAAGACCUCCCAUUUGGCUUCUCACGUGCAUAUCAAGCCUGGGGAACUGGAAACCAUUUUGCUAGCCAGAGAAUUAGAGGAGCUGCCUGAGCCCAGAGCUGUUGAUUGGCCUCAGGCAUUUGGUUUGACAACUCUUGAUCCAGAUGUUUUCUUCCCCUGUCCCCCAGUUAUCUCCUUCUGCCAGAUGUUGUCCUGACACUGUGUGUUCUGCCAUUUUAUUUUGGGAUUUUCUGAAGAGUUGGAAAAAAGAACCAUUUCCCUCCACUGUGUCUUGGGCAAAGAACUGCAGUGUCUUUCCCUUCCUCCUGUGUGACUCCCUUUUCUUCUUCCUCCCUUGUUCCUGCAACUGUUGCCUUAUUUGUGUGAGAAGGGAGUUACUGUCACCACUGAGAGGAGAUUACUGAAGUUUGCAGAUAUCAGAUAGCUGCUCUCCAGGAUGGUUUCUUGCAAAAGCAGUAUUAAAAAAUCCAGCGUUUUGGAAACACACCUGUUUUUGCAAGUUUUCCCCUUUGCCUGUAUUUUUUCACUCUGGCUUCAUUUGUUGUUAAUUUCUCUCCUUCUUUCAUGGAGAAGUGUUUCUGCUGUGAUGUUUUUGACAGCAGAUGACCUUUGAGAGCAGCUCAGCAGAUUCCAAGUUCAAAAUGGUUACAUUUCAGUUACUGUUUGGGUUUAUAAAUAUUUAAUACAUUUGUGAACAUCUCAGAGAAAGGAGAUCUCUUCCCUGUUAGCUGUUGCUAUUAUCUCUCUGUAAGAGACUCUUCUAAGAUGCUUGGUGGCACUCUGACAUGCCUGCAUUUCUUGGCAUUUGUAGGCACUUUGUCCCUGCACUGCUCAAACAGUGAGAGCCUGGGGCACCUUUCCAGCUGGAGUCAGAGACCAGGGAACUCCACAACCUGAGAGCAUGGAGAAGUGUUGCUUUGUGGAAGCAAAUAGAGCUGAUGGUCUCUGGGCUUGCUUGAAUUAUCUCUGUGUCAUGAGAGGAGUUGCUGUCGUUUCAGGCUGCCAUAAGGAGGGAUACUUGGUGCUGGUGACUGAGGCAGGAUCUCCUGCAGGUGAUAAGUGGGGCUGUCUGUGCUCUAAAAAUGGGAUUAUGUUUGCAACUGCAACAAUCUGUAAGGGUAAAAUCAGCACUCAGGAGCCAGUUGCAGCCAGUUCAGUGCUUUAGCAGGUACCAUCCUGGCCAGCACCUGCAUUGUUCCAGCAGGCACCUGCCCUCCUGAGUUCUCUGUGCAGAUAACCCUCAGUGGGAAGCCAGUGCUGUGCCUCAGGGACUGCAGGGCUGAUUGGCUUGAUAAAGCACAGAGCAUUCUCUCAGCCAAGGUACUGGGACAAGCUACAUGGGGAAUGGAUUCCAGAAGAGCUUCUACACAGCCUCUGAGCUCUCCAGUUAACCUGUUGUCUGCCAUAAGGAGCUGCCUAGGUGGGAAUUGGGACAGAGGGCAGACUUAGUUGAUUUUCUGUAUUUCCUUAGAGCAUAGGAGUUGGCAUCAGGUACUACUCUUGAUUUGAGAAUUCUUUUCCUGUAAGUAGAGUGAGGAUGUCUGUUCUGUCUGGGUAGUUUCUGCAGGUGUUGUCUGAAAUGCCUGUGUUCCCCGAGCUCUGGUCUUACUCUGAGCUGUCCCAGCAAACUUCCAGCACCCAUUUGCACUCUCUGAAGCUGGGCUGUAGGUUUGAAAUAUGCUUAUGCUAGGCUACCUUUCAUUCAAAGGAUUUGUGCUCCUGGGUAAUUAGGAAUCACAGGAAUCCUGUUUUUGUGGGAUUUCAGAUCACUUGGGUGGAAUUGGCAGUCCUGUACUGUUAGAACACCUGUCAGGAAUGUCCUGUGUCUCCCCAUGACAAAUGUUUCUCCUCUUGAUCAUGUUGAGGGAGAGUGUGUGGAAGGGAAGGUUCCUUCUCUUCCUGCACAUAAGGCUCCUUAGGUUGUUUGCCUUGAGCUGCUCCUGUUUUAUUUCUGUACACAAAUGGCAGGCUGUUUUGCUGCAGGAUGUCUUUGUCAUUGCUGCUGAGAUCGGAGUUGGGCAAUCCAGACAAAUCAGGCUGGAGAAUCUUAUCAAGGUUUUUCUGGGCACCAGGUGUUUCUCCAUGAGAAGGCACUUUGCCUUCAACCUGUUGGCAGCACUGUCUGCUCUGCCUGGGCAUCUUAUUCAAAUGUUUCAGCUGAAAAACACCCUUUCAUUCUUUCAGUAAAGACAUUUUCCAUGAGGAUGGUGGGUGACCCUAUCAUCUACUUUAAAGGGAAAUCUCAGUGUGCAAUUACUGUUCUGUAGCCUGCAGAAAAGGAAUUACAAGUUCACCUGACAUUUGGAGAUGCAGUAUUUCCCUUCUGAUGAGGACUGAUGCCAAGGGGUAUGUGUUGAAUCAGUCUUCUCUCACUUCAGUUACUUAAUUCCUUUCUUACAACACACUUACUGCUUCUACCCUGGCUCUAGUUGCUAAGUGAUUUACUAAGAAACCUGUUCUAACAUAGGUGCCAGGAACAUUUUAACAAAGCAACACUAAGGGAAAAAUAACCCAGAACUGGGUUAGUACUGAUGGCAAGGUUAGGGAGUUAGUCUGGGGUCUUCCUCCUUGCCUUGUGGUUUCCUGUGCAGUGUUAAUUAUGCAGUUUUGAAUUAUUAAUUACUGUGAACCAUUCCAAUGGUAUCAACUUACCUUUCCAUUUGUUUUUUUUUUUUUUUUUGCACUGUUUUUUGUUAUGAAAUGAUGUAAGCUAAUUCCAUGGUGUGUGUACAUAAAUUGUAUUUUUUUUAUAAUUUGUAUGAAUAUAUUUUUAUUUGAACUAUGGCACUUGGGAAGUAUUCAUGUAGUUGUAACAUGUCUGAGAGUAAAAUGUUUGUGUGUCUCCUUCA